UCGUUUUUCAGCAGAAGAGCAGAAGAUUUUCGAUAAUUUUCAUUAAUUUCAUUCAGAAAAGUUUAAUUUAGUCAUAUUUCUUCACUUUUAUAUAAAAUGUCGUGAAUAUUUCUCGAUGAACGUUUAGAAUCAUCAACUAUCUGUUCGACUUGCGAAGAUGAAUGACAUCGCGAAGCUAGAAUAUCUUUCGCUAGUUUCUAAGAUCAGCAUCGAGUUGGGUAACCAUUAUGAUCUCAAUGACCAAGACUUGGCUAAAUUCAUUAUUCACCUAUCCAAGGAUUGCGAUGGUUUCGAACAAUUCAAAGCUAAACUGGUUGAAAAUGGAGCCGAGUUUUCGGACUCGUUUAUCCAAAACAUACUACGUAUCAUCCAACACAUGAAACCUAAAAUAUCCAAACCGAAUGGAAUAGACGAUAAACCCGAAGAAGCGGAAAAAGAACAGAAACUAAGUCGAUCGCCAAGUCCACUCAAUGAGAAAAAGGUAUUAGCAGAACCUCCUUUAAGAGAAAAAGUGAAAAAGAGAAGUCGAAGCAGAGAGCCCGAAAGUUCCAGAGAUAAAUACAGAAAACGAAGUAGAAGUCGUGAACGACGUAGAAGCAGAAGUCGAGACAGGAAAAGGAGCAGGAGUAGAAGUAAUGAUAGAAGAAAAGGCUACAACGAUAGAAGAAGAAAUAGAAGAAGUAGAAGCAGAAGUUACGACCGAAGAAGACGAAACCGAAGUAGAAGUAAAGAAAGGAGAAGAAGCAGAAGUAACGAAAGAAGAAGAAGUAGAAGUAAUGAUAGAAGAAGAGAUAGGGGUAGAGAUAGAAUAGAAGUAACUUCGGCUAGAAGUCCUAAACGAAAUCCUUCUCCUGAUAAUAUCGAAAUGCGAAUUCGUGAAAGACAUCAGUUGGACUUACCUGGUGAUAAGAAUAAUGUGAAGAAAGUCAAACGUAUUUCGUCUCCUGAAAGAUGGGAGUUGAAACAGAUGUUGGCUGCGAACUGUAUCGAUAAAAGUGAACUUCCUGAUUUUGACGAAGUGACAGGAAUUCUUCCUAAAGAAGAUAGUGACGAAGAAGAUGUCGAGAUCGAAAUCGUCGAAGAAGAACCGCCAUUUUUACACGGCCAUGGUCGUAAUGUUCACGAAUUGAGUCCUGUUCGUAUUGUUAAAAAUCUUGAUGGAUCUCUGGCUCAAGCUGCCAUGAUGCAGAGUGCCCUUGCCAAGGAACGUAGAGAGCAGAAAAUGAUAGCUCGAGAGCAAGAAGUUGACUCGGCUCCGACCAAUUCGAACAAAAAUUGGAUCGAUCCGUUGCCUGAACCUGAGAAUAAGAACAUGAUCGGAACCUCUCGUGGAAUCGGUAUCAGUUCUCAAGAAAUUCCAGAAUGGAAAAAACAUGUGAUAGGAGGAAAGAAGAGCUCUUUCGGAAAGAAAACAAAUUUAACUAUUUUAGAGCAACGUCAAAGUCUUCCGAUUUACAAGCUGAAAGAUGAUUUAAUCAAAGCUGUAGCUGAAAAUCAAAUAUUGAUCGUUAUCGGUGAAACUGGUUCAGGCAAGACUACUCAAAUUACUCAAUACUUGGCCGAAGCUGGAUUUACCUCGAGAGGUAAAAUCGGUUGUACUCAGCCGAGAAGAGUGGCUGCCAUGUCAGUUGCGAAAAGAGUAGCAGAAGAAUUCGGUUGUUGAUUAGGCCAAGAGGUCGGUUACACUAUUCGUUUCGAAGAUUGUACCAGUUCUGAAACCAUGAUAAAAUACAUGACGGACGGUAUGUUGCUGAGAGAAUGCUUGGUCGAUUUAGAUUUAUCGAAUUACGCGGUUAUUAUGUUAGAUGAACCUCACGAAAGAACCAUUCACACCGAUGUACUGUUCGGUUUAUUGAAGCAAGCCGUUCAAAGAAGGCCAGAACUGAAACUAAUCGUAACCUCGGCCACUUUGGACUCGAUGAAAUUCUCUCAGUAUUUCUUCAAAGCUCCCAUAUUCACGAUUCCUGGUCGUACUUUCCCUGUAGACGUUCUUUAUACAAAAGAACCCGAAACCGAUUACCUGGACGCAGCUUUGAUCACAGUGAUGCAAAUCCACUUGAGAGAACCACCCGGCGACGUAUUGCUGUUUUUAACCGGUCAAGAAGAAAUCGACACAGCUUGUGAAAUUCUAUACGAAAGAAUGAAGAAACUAGGGCCCGAUGUACCGGAUUUAAUUAUCUUACCUGUAUAUUCGGCUUUGCCUAGCGAAAUGCAGACUCGUAUUUUCGAAGCUGCUCCUCCCGGUUCGAGAAAAGUCGUAAUAGCCACAAAUAUUGCCGAAACAUCGUUAACAAUCGACGGUAUAUUUUACGUAGUCGAUCCCGGAUUCGUUAAGCAGAAAGUGUAUAAUUCGAAAAGUGGAAUGGAUUCGUUGGUGGUUACGCCAAUUUCACAAGCUCAAGCUAAACAAAGAGCCGGACGUGCUGGUCGAACUGGACCAGGAAAAUGCUACAGAUUGUAUACAGAACGUGCCUAUCGGGAUGAGAUGUUACCUACACCUGUUCCUGAAAUUCAAAGAACUAAUUUAGCUACCACUGUAUUGCAACUUAAAACUAUGGGAAUUAACGACCUGUUGAAUUUCGAUUUCAUGGACGCUCCUCCGGUGGACAGUUUAAUCGAAGCUUUAGGACAAUUACAUUCGCUCAGUGCCCUCGAUAGCGAAGGUUUACUUACCAGAUUAGGACGUAGGAUGGCUGAAUUCCCAUUGGAACCCAACUUGGCGAAAAUGUUGAUUAUGUCGUUAAAUCUGCAAUGUUCCGAUGUAGUAUUGACUAUUGUAUCAAUGCUUUCCGUUCAAAAUGUAUUCUACAGACCGAAAGACAAACAGGCUUUGGCUGAUGCCAAGAAAGCUAAAUUCAAUCAAGUCGAAGGCGACCAUUUGACCUUAUUAGCUGUGUUCAACUCGUGGAAAAAUAAUAAAUUCAGUAACGCUUGGUGUUACGAAAACUUCGUUCAGAUUAGAACUCUAAAGAGAGCUCAAGAUGUGAGGAAACAAUUGCUGGGCAUAAUGGAUAGGCAUAAAUUGGAUGUAGUUCCUGCUGAGAAGAAUACAGUUCUGAUACAGAAAGCGAUAUGCUCGGGUUUCUUCAGAAAUGCGGCUAAAAAAGAUCCUCAGGAAGGAUACAGGACCUUGGUCGAUAGUCAAGUUGUACCUUAUAUUCAUCCUAGUUCGGCGUUAUUCAACAGGCAACCCGAAUGGGUCGUCUAUCACGAACUUAUCCAAACAACCAAGGAAUAUUUGCACGAAGUGACGGCUAUCGAUCCCAAAUGGCUUGUGGAAUUUGCUCCAGCCUUUUUCAGAUUCAGUGAUCCUACGAAAUUAAGUAAAUUCAAGAAAAAUCAACGCCUGGAACCAUUAUACAACAAAUACGAAGAACCUAAUGCGUGGAGAAUUUCUCGAGUCCGAAGAAGAAGGAAUUAAAACUGCCUGGUUUGAUCAUUUAUUUAUAAUCUAUUAUCAACGAGCGGAGUUUCUUUUCAAUUUUGAAUGAUGUCGAUUUGAGAGUGGAACUGCGGUAGAAGGGUAGACCUAAAAAUGAAAGAGGACAGUGGUCCUGUGUCUUUCUCAGUUGUCCAUCUUGUUGAGAUACUCUUCCUCUUGACGUUGAAUGAUGAUGAGAUCGUUUGUGGGGAAUCUCCGCAUGUUCGAAUUUGUACUUGUUUUUUUCUAUGUGUGUAACAAACUAGCAAUAUACGAAUAUUGUUCAUUUUAA